AUGGAACGCUUCAAGCUCUCCCCCUGCGGCCGCUACAUCGGUCUAGUCGGCACAUCCCGCAAAGGCGGCGGCCUAAUCAACAUCCUAGAUGCAAACACCGCGCAAUGGACCGCCCAAGUCCGCGUCGACGGCCGCGGCGGCGUAGCCGAUUUCGCGUGGUGGUCUGACGGCGAGGGAAUGACGGUAGCCAGCAAGAACGGAGAAGUAUCGGAAUGGGACGGACGCAUCGGGCGCGUCGUCGCGCGCUGGGUUGAUGCCGGUGCAGUCGGCACAACAGUCCUCAGUCUGGGAGGCCGGUCCGGACGUGCUCAUUUCGGUGGUGAUCGCUGGAUUGCCAUUGGCUCUUCCAGUGGUAUUGUCAAUAUCUACGAUCGACGUGAAUGGGCAGCUGCGUAUUCCAAUGCUUCUGCUGCUGAACGGGAGGCUGCGACUCAGUGUGGGAUCCCGCGUAGUCCUACACCUGCACGUGUUCUAGAUCAGCUUACUACGCCGAUCAGCCAUCUUGUCUUUGCGCCUGAUGGGCAGAUGAUGGCUAUGGCUAGUCGGUGGAAGCGUGAUGCUUUGAGACUUGUUCACCUUCCUACUUGCACGGUAUACCGUAACUGGCCUACUUCUAACACGCCUUUGGGUCGGAUUUCCUCGGUGGCUAUUUCGCCGAACUCGGAGCAGUUGGCUGUUGCUAAUGAGCAAGGCAAUAUCCGUAUGUGGGAGAUUCGGGGGUAG